GGGCUGCCACUGGGAGUCGACAUCCUCAACAGUCAUUUCUUCAGUGUAGAAAGCUGUAACGCAUCGAAGCUUGGCAAAAGCGAUUUUAGAAAAUUAUGUGCUACGCCUACAUUUUUUCCCGGUGAUGGAGGGAAUAGAGCAGAGAUAAUUUAACAGCAUGUAGCUAUUUUAUUUUUUCCUCACUCAUAUCGGAUUAGAAUCUGGGGUUACCUAAUCUCUGUUAAUCUGAACUAAAUCUAUCUAAUUGUGGUAGAAAACUACACUCCUGCUGUUCUGGUGCACCACCAGAGACCUUUGCGCAUCAGUGGGUCUUUUUGGACACCGUGCCGCCAAAAGGAGAUUAUCAACUGAUUCUCCAAGACUGAUCAUAUGGACAUUAAGAGAGUAUAUCUUCACCAAAUUCUCUUAAGAGUGAAAGUUAGGCUAAUUGGAAUCUGGAGACCAAAUGUCGCAUUAAAACGCGCAGCAGCCGAUUUUCCAGAGAAUAAGAACAUUAUGCAUAUUUCUCAUGUUGCAACAUUUUCACGUUGCAACAACAUACCGCUUUAUGAUGGGAUUGAUAUGAUGUGAGAGAGUUCGGGCCGGGGUGUUCUAAAGCAUGUUCUGGGAGUAAUGUGCGCGCCAUCCAAUGGCAGCAUCUAUUCCACACGACAGCGUCAGCGCGUCAUCAGUUCACAUUUACGAAACGAGUUUUAUUAAAUGAGGACAUGUGAGGGGAUCUGAGAGUAAGAAAAGGAGAUUGGAGAUAGACUACUUGUGAGAAAUACUAGAGGCGAGCUAGACGUGUGAUACAAUUAUUUAUCCAGUGGACAAGAACAGACUUAUGCUGGACUGUGCAAUGUCUGGAAGUGUGUCGCUUUUUUAAAAAGACACAUGCGACCCGUUUUUUUAAAAGUAUCAUUGCAAUUGAAUUCGGAAUCGUUUGUGUGUGACUGUGAAUGGACUUGCAUUUGCCAGCCUAUUCCGUGAAGACUGGAAUAUUUAAUAAUUUACGAUAAUCACACAUCGUCGCUUGUCUGUGCUGUCUGCACAAUCCUGUUGAUUUAAAAUUAUUCUUGUCUAUGUUUUGUCGGAUUCUUUCGACGGCUCCCUUCAUCUCUAUUCUCGUUAUAUGAGGUAUCAUCUGUUGCUGCAGCCGGAUUAACUGACAUUGUCAUGCAUUUGGAUUGACUCUAGCUGCUGGAGAUGUAGGCAAUUCAUAAUUCCCCCAAUUGAACAUGUUUUAUUUCAGGUAAAAUGGGAGAACGAUUAUUGUUACUAUUAUUGCUACUCUUAUCGUUACAUGCGGGUCGGUGAUAGCCUACUGCAGACGAGCCAUUCAAAAUCGUCCAUCUCCACAGCAGCCGGCUUCUCUGAGAUUUGAUCGUUACUUUAUUGAAUCAGACUGUAAUAUCCACGUCACGAGACGGAUUUCGGCUUGAAGUAGGCCUAGUAUUGGAGACAAUACGGGAAUUGUGGAGGUAUUGUAUUUCUUUCUAACCCGGUUAUUCCUUCACAACUGAGGAUAAAUGUUGAUGAUGGAGGACGACGAAUUGGCUCAUCAGGUUGAUAUCGAUUCGGAUUUCGAGCCGCAAAGCCGGCCUCGCUCGUGCACUUGGCCACUGCCUUGUCCGGAGGAUUUCCCCGAAGUACAGGAGGUCAAUGGGGGUCUUCCACUGACCACCAUCAAGGUGGAACCAGAUGACAAUCUAGCCGUUUCAGCUUGCAGAGCGGGGAGAAUGGGUGGCACUCCGACGGAGCUGAAGCAUCCAGCAGUCGCCCCGGCUCCCAUCCGGGCGACGCACCCAUGCUUGGCCAGCGCGGCUCUUGAUGUGACUGGACAAUCGCGCAAAGCCAAAUCCUCGCGGCGGAACGCAUGGGGUAACCAGUCGUACGCGGACCUUAUCACACGAGCCAUUGAAAGCACCCCUGAAAAAAGACUCACGCUUUCACAGGUCUAUGAUUGGAUGGUCCGCUAUGUUCCCUAUUUCAAGGAUAAGGGCGACAGUAAUAGUUCAGCUGGAUGGAAGAACUCCAUUCGACACAACCUGUCCCUCCACACGCGCUUCAUCCGGGUGCAGAACGAAGGCACGGGCAAGUCCUCCUGGUGGAUGCUCAACCCCGAGGGGGGCAAGAUGGGCAAGGCCCCUCGCCGGCGAACCGUCUCCAUGGACAACAGCACCAAGUACCUGAAGAGCAAGGGCCGGGUCAGCCGCAAGAGGGUGGGCAGGCCGGGGAUUGGUUCUGGGUCUCAAGUGGGGCUCCAGGCUUCCCCUGAGCAGGGUAGCCCACCGGGGAAGGUUCUCCCAGGCAACGUAGGGGGAGCUGGGGGUGUGGAAGGAGAGUUUGACGUCUGGACGGAGCUCCACUCCCGGGCUAAUUCGUCCACUUCGACCCUGAGCGGGCGACUGUCGCCCAUCCUGGCCGAGGGCGAGCUGGAGGAGUCAGAGGAAGGCGGGCUGUCCUGCUCGGCCUCGCCCCACCUCUACCCCUCCCCCUCCUCCAGUGCCCGCUCCCCUGCCAUGGGGGCCGCGGGAGGCCACUGUCCACCCGUGGAGCAGCUGCCCCAGCUGGCUAAUCUCACCGGGGCGAUCAGCCUGGAGGAGAGGCUCCUGGAGGAAGGCUACCACCAUCGUCAUCCUCACCUGGCAGCGGGCCACAAACUCCCCCCGGUCUAUCAUUACAACCCUGGGGUUAAAGGUCAGGGGUCGUACUGCGGCGCGGUCUACAGCCAGGCUGGGAUGGGCAUGCUGCGCCACCACUCGCCCAUGCAGACCAUCCAGGAGAAUAAGCCGGCUAGCUUCUGCGGCACCUUGCGGGCCUACUCAGGGACCAACGCCCUGCAGAGCCUGCUGACAGGGGGCCCUGGAGGGCCACAGCAGUACUGUGCCAAGGACAUAAUACUGGGCCAGGAGAGAGAUGCCCACCCAAUGAUGGGGCCCUCCACGAACGGAGUGAGCUCCACCCGUCACAGCCACCACCCCGGACACAACGGACAUGUAGCUCACAGCCACAACGGAGCUCAGAGUCAUAACCUCAACCCUGUGACCAACCACAACCACAGCUCUCCUCAUCUUGGCCACAACCUCAGUCAGAACCACAGCAGCCACACAACGCACACACCGACUCGAGCUCCAGCCCUGGCACCACGCACCAGCAGUGGCCACCUCCAGCCUUACAGCCACAAAGCCCCCUAUCUUUACAGCCCCCCGUCCCACGCCCACCUCCCCGCUUCCACCACCCUGCCACCCAACCCGGCCGGCAUGCUGGGGAUGCCCCAGGACUCCUGCCACCUGGCCACCGCCCCCCACCCCUCGCACCCCUGCCACAACACUUACCCCAGCCCCCAACACCAGGGAAUGGGCAGUGGACUGUACCACCACCAACGGGGCAUGGUGGGAGGCUGCACAGGAGGCAGCUACCAUGGUAGCUCCUACCACCAGCCUCACCCCCACGAGAGACUACCAGCUGAUCUGGACCUGGAUAUCUUCCACGGGAGCUUGGACUGCGACGUGGAGUCCAUCCUCCUCCACGAUAUCAUGGACUCCGGAGAGGAAAUGGAUUUCAACUUUGACAGCUCCCUGGCGCAGGGGUUGGGCAUGGGGGUGGGCAUGGGGAUGGGGAUGAGUGGACUGGCAGGCCCUCAGCAAGCCCACAACAACCAGAGCUGGGUGCCCGGCUGAGACAUUUCCCAGAGUGCUUCAGGGCAGGCCUCGGGAAAGACUCCACUACAGAGAGUGCUGCAGGCCAGCCCUCACUGCCCCUCAGAUAGAUAGGCUCCACCCCCUCCCCACUAACAUGUUGGGGAGCACUGUGCUUAACUGUGUCAUUCCUGGACUGAAAACAGAGGAGAUGGGACAAACACUCAGUCACUCCCUCCCCCAUACCUUUCUAUAUUGUGUUAUAAAAUGCCCCGGUCCUAUGUUGUGUUAUAAAAUGCCCCGGUCCUAUGUUGUGUUAUAAAAUGCCCCGGUCCUAUGUUGUGUUAUAAAAUGCCCCGGUCCUAUCCCUCCCUGCCCGGACUCUCUCUGGAGAUUGUAGCUGAUGUCACAUUGGUUUUUCUCACAUCAGCUGUAUACUGUGAUGACAAUCUCAACUGUGUUGUUGCCCAACCCUGUCCCUUUCUCAUCUACUAUCAUGAGACCUGAACUCACCAAGCACUUUAAAACAAGUGGGCCAGACUCCACAGCUCACUCACAUACAGGCCUGGGUUCAAAUACUAUUCAAAAUACUUUCCACCACUUUAUCUGGGCUUGAUUGAGUUUGCCUGGCGCAAUGGAACCAAUAGAAUUGUCGCGAAAGUGCAAACCCCGCCUAUCUUGCACUCCAUGGCAGACUACAGCAAACGCUAAACGUAUUUGAAAUAUCUCAAAUGGUAUUUGGACCCAGGUCUUGCCACGUACUGUAGCAGACAAAUUCAUGCAGAGUUUGGCUGUUUGCGAGGCGGGUACGGUAUUUGACAUGUCAUUUUGCUGAACAAAUCAAGAAAGUGCAAGAAUCCGGAUCUGUAGAUACAUUUGUGGCAUAGAUUUAUAAUGGGGGUUGCUAUGCUGCAAUGUUUAUAAUGGGGGUUGCUAUGCUGCAAUGUUUACUGUCAGUGGGAAGCAGGGAAAAUGUCAUCAAAGAUUUCUGAUUGAUUGGUUAUUUGGCCUCUGUCGUUGGCUCGUAUUAGGUCAAAUCAAAUGAUACAUUUUGGGACAGACUUACAAUGAUCUGUGCCUCCUCACUGACCUAAUUGAAAACUAUAAUCUGGUGCUUUACCUUACUGUGCAAGUGAAAGUGUAUGUUAUAUUAGUUGGUCGCAUUAUGUUCAUUGAAUUAAUCUUUGGAAUAUUCAGAAGGCAAAAUGGAAAAUGGCGUAUCACCUUGCCUCAACCAGGGUUUAUUUUUUACUUUGUGGCGCCAGCUUUUCUCUUUACCUUUGCUUUCUCUGUCUCGGCCCCCCCCCCCCCCCC